GAGGUUCGCCGGGCUAAUCCCGGUCUUGCUCUCGCCUCAAGUGCUUUUCCGGCUUCACACACAAAGCAAACACCCCAGUUCAGCUCUCCCCGUUCACCACCCAGGGCCAGGGGUCAGGCACUGUUCCACUGGUGAGCGAUGGCGAUGGUCACGGCUGACUCCUCCGCCGCCGCCGACGCCGCCACGAAGCAGCCAGAAGCCGACAAGGAUUACAGCUCCUACAACGGCGCCUCCACCGCGGGUGUGGGCGGAGGGGCCCGCCGCGGCGGCGGCGGCGGCGGCGUUGUGGAAUCUGUGGUGGCGCGGUGGAAGCGGGAGGACAUGCUCGACAAGUGCCCCCUCGCGCUGCACGCCGCCGCCGCCGCCUUCGCCUUCGUCGCGCUCGUGCUCGUCGCCUCCAACCAGCACGGCGACUGGAUGCAGUUCGACCGCUACCAGGAGUACAUAUACCUGCUGGCGAUCGCGGCGCUGGCCUUCGCCUACUCGCUGGCGCAGGCGCUGCGGCACGCGCACCGGAUGCGCAGCGGCCCCGACCCCAUCCCCGCGCCGUCCGCGAGGCUUUUCGAUUUCAUUGCUGACCAGGUAGUCGCAUACUUGCUGAUGUCUGCUCUGUCAGCGGCUAUCCCUAUCACGAACCGCAUGAGAACAGCUGUGAUCAACAACUUCACUGACGCGACCGCUGCGGCGAUCAGCAUGGCCUUCCUUGCAUUUGUUGCCCUCGCCUUGUCAGCCACGGUUUCGGGGUACAAGCUCUCCAGACAAAUGUACAUGUGAUGAUGUGAAUCUUCACUGUAAAAGAGUUAAUUGUGACACGAAUCAUUCAUUUCAGAGAAGCAAAGUGUGUGGUGUCCCUCUUCCACACGAAUGUGUUGUGCCUUACGGUGAUUAGUGAUCAUUUUUGGUAGCCACCACAUUUGUACAUAGGUUUACAAGUAGCAUUCCUUAAUAGUACAAUGCUAUUUUCUUCAA